AUGUCGGCCAUCCACGGGGACCUCCACCACUUGCGCAACCUCCAGAUGAGCAACACGGUCAACCCGGAUUUUCGCGGCACAGACGCGCCAAACUAUUUGGCCGCGAGCCCCCCGGUGCCGCGAGUGGACAAAUGCGUGGCCAUACUAACCCACCGGCGCAAGAGGACCAACUUCACCCAGCAGCAAAUUGAGGUACUGGAGAAGGUGUACUCGGGGACCAAGUAUCCUGAUAUCUACCUGAGGGAGCGGCUGGAGGCGCUCACCGGCCUUCCCGAGUCCAGAAUCCAGGUGUGGUUUCAGAACAGGAGAGCAAAAUCCCGUCGCCAAGUGGGCUCCUCGGCGUCCGCCAAGGCCUGCAACCCGCCGCCGUCCUUUAGCCGGCUGCCAAACCGGAUCAGCCAAAACAAAAUUUAUGAUAACAGCCACACCACGGAGACUUUCGGACUAGAGGACACCCACCCACGUUUGCAGCGGUCCUGCCUCUACGAGAAAGACGCGAGCCGAGCGAAGCCCGAGCAGCCGAGUCACCGCGAGCCGUGCGCCGACGUCCCGUUCUACCCUUGCAAGGACAGUGCCGAGAUCACGAGCGACGAUCCCCACGUUCUGGUGGAGUACGACAACUUCCCGCCCAACAAGACCAUCGGGCCCGAGAUGAAGGUGGUGAUCCCCCCCAUCCCCGCGCACAACAACUACAGCAGGCCGUCCCCCAAAGAGGCCGGCGGGCCGCUGCUGUACCCGCUCGCGAGGACAGCGGGGGGGCCUUUCGACGGCUUCUCCCCGAUCCGCGGCGCCGCCGCCGCGCCAGACUUUUCCGACUCUGACUCGGACUGGGAGAGCGAGGCCGUGGUUGGAUUUGGCGGUUUUAUGUAAGAGACGCUGAUGAGCUUCCCAGACUUCGGUCGAUAUGCCGUAACCUCAUCACGCACUGUCCAAAAACGCCCCCAAAUAUUAAUUUAUGAGCAAAACGUCACAAAAUUGUGGCAGCUUGAUGUUUAAUGACCCAGUACAAUUACAUUUCGAAACCUCGCUAUAUAUUUUAUUUGCAUAAAAUGAUGUAUUUAUUGUCAAAUAAAAUUCCUUUUCUGUG